CAGUGAGAAAGCUUGAGGGAGUAUAAAUAUGAAUGAUGACUUGGAGCCUCCCACACCAGGAGAGGAGCUUUCAGAGCAGCAGUCACCUUCGCCUCCGCUUCCGGCCUUCAUAUGACUCUUGUGUGAGGCUUAAGCAAUCUUCACCUCCUCUGUACGCCUCUUUCACAUGGACAGCUCUCCCUCUCUGCAUCUGUAAUCUUUCUCACUAGGUGAGUGGUCCUCAGAACUCUCUCUCCCUUCUUCAUUCAUAAACAAGAAUAGAUCCCUUCAUUUUUUUUGACCGUCUUUAAACAAACCAAUUGCGAACUCAUUUCACAACCUUGACCGCCACCUUUUGCUCAAGUUAAGAAAAAUCGCAAGUCUUUGCUUCUAUGUCAUGCAUCCACCCACACCUUCAAUACCCUUAAACCCACGUCCGCUCAUCUUUUUGGUUUUGAUUCUUGGUUUAAAUUUUUGGAGAACCACCCCUUCCAUGUCAAACAAGCCCUUAUCCUUGAUGGUGGUUAGAGCUUGAAACUUCCUUUCUCCCUCCUGACAUGCAUUGUUUCCACUCUCCAUAAUGCACUCAAUCAUUCUCAUUAGUUUGCGCAAAAUGGUUUGCCAUGCUGAACUCUAAACGUCACCACCGUCGCCAUUACCAUAAGAAGUAGCGGCAGCAAAUCCACCACCACCAGCACCAGAACAGAAGAGAACAGAACACAAAUGAAGAAAUUUAGAACCAUUUCCAUUUCCACCACCUCAGUCCUCGUCCCAUUCCUCUUCAUGGCCAUGGUCUCGUUCUUGAAGACCACCACUUCCCUCUCCCCGGAUGGCAAGGCCCUCCUCUCCCUCUUAGCGUCCGCCGCCGCCGCCACCUCCUCCUCCUCUGCCCUCCUCCCCUCAUGGGACCCCUCCCACCCCAACCCCUGCUCCUGGCAGGGCGUCACCUGCUCCCCUCAGGGCAGAGUCAUCUCCCUCUCCCUCCCCAACACCUUCCUCAACGUCUCCCACAUCCCUCCAGAGCUCUCCUCCCUCACCUCCCUCCAACUCCUCAACCUCUCCUCCGCCAACAUCUCCGGGCCCAUCCCCCCCUCCCUCGGCGUCCUCUCCUCCCUCCGCCUCCUCGACCUCUCCUCCAACUCCCUCUCCGGUCCCAUCCCCUACCAGCUCGGCUCCCUCUCCUCCCUCCAGUUCCUCCUCCUCAACUCCAACCACCUCUCCGGACCCAUCCCCCCCACCCUCGCCAACCUCUCCUCCCUCCAGGUCCUCUGCCUCCAGGACAACCUCCUCAACGGCUCCAUCCCCUCCCACCUCGGCUCCCUCCUCUCCCUCCAGCAGUUCCGCAUCGGCGGCAACCCCUACCUCACCGGCCGAAUCCCGCCCCAGCUCGGCCUCCUCGCCAACCUCACCACGUUCGGUGCCGCCGCCACCGGCCUCUCUGGGCCGAUCCCGGCGGAGUUCGGAAACUUGGUCAGCCUCCAGACGCUGGCGCUCUAUGACACCGACGUCUCCGGUUCGAUUCCGCCCGAGCUGGGCUCGUGCUCGGAGAUGACCAAUCUCUACCUGCACAUGAACAAGAUCACCGGCUCGAUCCCGCCCGAAUUGGGUAAGCUGCAGAAGCUUACCAGCCUGCUUCUGUGGGGGAAUGCGAUCACGGGGUCGAUCCCCGCUGGGCUUUCCAACUGCUCGGCUCUGGUGGUUCUCGACCUCUCCUCAAAUAAGCUCUCAGGGGAAAUCCCCGGCGCGCUCGGGAGGCUGGGUGUCUUGGAGCAGCUCCACCUUUCCGACAACAUGCUCGCAGGUCCCAUCCCCAUGGAGCUGAGCAACUGCAGCAGCUUAACCGCUCUCCAGCUUGAUAAGAAUGCACUCUCUGGGCCCAUUCCUCGGCAGAUUGGAGACUUGAGGGCCUUGCAGUGUCUCUUCUUGUGGGGCAAUUCCAUAUCCGGAGCCAUUCCUCCAUCUUUCGGGAACUGCACCGAGCUCUACGCCCUCGACCUCUCCAAGAACAGGCUAACCGGGACGAUCCCCGACGAGAUCUUUAGCCUGAAGAAGCUCAGCAAGUUGCUUCUUUUGGGCAACUCCUUGACAGGAGAGCUGCCCAAGAGUGUCGCCGAUUGCCAGUCUUUAGUGAGACUAAGGCUCGGGGAGAACCAGCUAUCCGGCGAGAUCCCAAAGGAGAUCGGCAAGCUUCAAAAUCUCGUCUUUUUGGAUCUUUACACCAACCAUUUCCAUGGGAAGCUGCCUGCCGAGCUUGCCAAUAUCAUGGUUUUGGAGCUACUGGACGUGCACAACAAUCAUAUCACAGGAGAAAUUCCACCUCAGUUGGGGGAACUGAUGAACUUGGAGCAGCUCGAUCUCAGUCACAACAGCUUCACCGGGGAGAUCCCUUCGAGUUUUGGCAAUUUCAGUUACUUGAACAAGCUCAUCCUGAACAACAAUAUGCUCGCUGGGUCACUGCCGAAAUCCAUAAGGAACUUGCAGAAGCUGACCUUGCUCGAUCUAAGUGCUAAUAGCCUCUCCGGUCCGAUUCCUCCUGAGAUUGGCUCCUUGACAAGCUUGACGAUUGAUUUGGACUUGAGCUCCAACCGUUUUGUUGGAGAGAUCCCACAGGAGAUGUCCAGUUUGACUCAGUUGCAGUCGCUGGAUCUUUCGAGCAAUAUGCUCCAUGGAGGGAUUGCAGUCUUGGGCAUGCUCGCUAGUCUCACUUAUCUCAACAUCUCAUACAACAACUUCUCAGGUCCGAUUCCAGUGACUCCAUUCUUUCGUACUCUAUCGGCAAAUUCCCACCUUGAGAACCCAGAUCUCUGCGAGUCUUUCGAUGGAUACACCUGUUCUUCAGACCUUGUACGGAGAACCGCUAUAAAAUCCAUAAAGACGGUAGCUCUUGUUUGUGCUAUCUUGGGCUCUGUCGCUGUGCUGUUCGUCGCGACCUGGAUUCUGGUUAAUAGGAAUAGAAAGCUAGCAGCGGAGAAAACAAUGGCCUCAGCAUCCUGCGGAGCCGAUGAUUUCUCAUAUCCAUGGUCCUUCAUCCCAUUUCAGAAGUUGAACUUCUCCAUUGACAGCAUAUUGGAGUGCAUCAAGGAUGAGAAUAUCAUUGGGAAAGGGUGCUCCGGGGUCGUGUACAAAGCUGAGAUGCCGAAUGGGGAACUCAUCGCUGUGAAGAAGCUCUGGAAAUCGAGGAAGGAAGAGGAGCUAGUGGAUGCAUUUGCCUCGGAGAUUCAGAUUCUCGGGCAUAUAAGGCAUCGAAACAUUGUGAAGCUGAUUGGUUAUUGUUCAAAUAGGUGUGUCAAGCUCCUCCUCUAUAAUUACAUCUCCAAUGGCAAUUUACAGCAGCUUUUGAAAGAGAACAGAAACUUGGAUUGGGAGACAAGGUACAAGAUUGCGGUUGGGUCGGCGCAGGGUUUGGCCUAUCUCCACCAUGACUGUGUUCCAGCCAUUCUUCACAGGGAUGUCAAGUGCAACAACAUACUAUUGGAUUCAAAAUAUGAAGCUUAUUUGGCUGACUUUGGAUUGGCAAAGCUGAUGAACUCCCCCAAUUUCCAUCACGCAAUGUCCAGGGUAGCAGGUUCUUACGGCUACAUAGCACCAGAGUAUGGGUACACUACAAAUAUAACAGAGAAGAGCGACGUCUACAGCUAUGGCGUGGUCCUCCUAGAGAUCUUGAGUGGGCGCAGCGCCAUUGAACCGAUGGUCGGUGACGGCCUCCACAUUGUGGAGUGGGUAAAGAAGAAGAUGGGAAGCUUUGAACCUGCCAUCAAUAUCUUGGAUUCAAAGCUGCGAGGCAUGCCUGAUCAGAUAGUUCAGGAGAUGCUCCAGACGCUGGGGAUCGCCAUGUUCUGCGUCAACUCGUCGCCAUCGGAGCGGCCGACCAUGAAGGAGGUAGUGGCAUUACUGAUGGAAGUGAAGAGCCCACCAGAAGAAUGGGGAAAGACUUCACAGCAGCCGCUCAUAAAGCCCGUGAACCAUGGUUGUUGAUGGAUGGCUUAUCCUUAUUUAUUUCUCUAUCUCUUGGUUGAUCCUUUUCCAAGGGAUAUCUCAUGUGCUUCGUCUUUGGUCCCUGAAAAAUGGUAGAUUUUAUGAAGUUGGGAGUGGGAGGAAUGGGAGGUUUGGGUGUGUGUUCGAUGUUGUGUUGGGAUUGUCGUACAGUUUCUUAGGAUGAUUGCAGUCACUUCAUGGAAUUCAUACAGCAUUUUUCUCUUGUUAAGUAACCAUGACUUCGUUUUAAAGGAGGCGGCUUGAAGAGCUCGUGGACACUGAUAAGGGAGGAUUCAUAGGAUCGCAGCUGGGAGUAUCAGUCACCUUAUGGAAUGAGAGCUGUAAGUUGUGAACCGAUAAAAACUAUGGAAGAUCAUGCUUUGCUUUUGCUUGUGAUUAAAUAUGCUUAAUCAUCAAUCCAUUGUGUUUAAGGGCGCGUUUGGUUCAUGAUCCGAAUCGGAAUCAAAAUUGGAAUAAAAAUUGGGAUAUGGCUAUAUUCUCUGA